AUGUCAAGCAGAAGAAGCAAGCAUGCUGCGUCAAUAAAAGAUCGAGAAUCCUCAAUAAACAAUUAUUCGAGAAAGAACUCUCAAGAAAAUUUUAUUACAGAAUUUUUGACACAUUGCGAGGAAUAUGACAUAGAACAGUUACCUAGUUUUGUGGAAGUAUCGAUUUGCAUCCUCGAUGCAUUGAACACUACGCUGCAGAAAUACAACACUGUCACGGUGCUUAAAUUACCCAGUUGUCAGAUAAAUGCCUAUGGUAUCCUGCAGAUAGCACAAAUGCUGACGGAAUUUGAAUGUUUGAACGAUUUGAAUCUGGAUGACAAUCCGAAUGUGCAAGAGAAUUGUUAUCUGCUUUGCGCACCGGCAAAAAAUUUACGCUAUCUGUCACUGAGGAUGUGUAAAUUAUCCGAUAACGGUAUACGAAAGAUCGCAAACGAGUUGAAGUAUCGGGACCCACCAAACGACCCAAAAUUGAUCGCUCUUAAUGUGGCGAAUAACGAUAUUACGGACAUUGGUGCCGAGUAUAUCGCUGCGAUGCUUCGAACUAAUCGGUUAUGUAGCUUCUAA